GGAAUGGGACUAACAGGCUUUGGAGUGUUUUUCCUUUUCUUUGGAAUGAUACUCUUCUUUGAUAAAGCUCUUUUGGCUAUUGGAAAUGUGUUAUUUGUGGCUGGCUUGUCUUUUGUUAUCGGUUUAGAAAGAACAUUUAGAUUCUUCUUUCAAAAACACAAAAUGAAAGCAACGGGCUUUUUCCUGGGUGGUGUGCUCAUAGUUCUCAUUGGUUGGCCUUUAAUAGGAAUGAUCCUUGAAAUUUAUGGGUUCUUCCUAUUAUUCAGGGGGUUCUUUCCUGUGGUGGUUGGCUUUAUUAGAAGAGUUCCAGUUCUUGGCUCUCUCUUGAAUUUACCCGGUAUAAGCUCGCUUGUAGAUAAAGUUGGAGAAAGCAACAACAUGGUAUAAUGACAAGAGGGCAGAAGACUGAUUCUAAACUUACUGUAUUAUUUAUAAAAUCCUUUUGAAGAAUACUCAGCACAAGAUUAAGUUGUGUACAAUGGAAAAGCUUGUUACAUUCUUUACAUAACAGUUUAACUUAAAAUGUAUAGUCAACAAUAUACACUAGAAAAGAAGCUCAGCAAGUAUGCUUCUAGGAAAGUAACUCCAGAGUUCAGGAAGUAAACUGAAGAGGUAAAAGUCAUGGAAUAACCCUUAUUACAAUUGUUCCAAGACUAUUUUUGUUGUUUUUGGAAAACGUGCUAAAGACAAUGAACCCUUGUGGAAUUAAGAGAGCCUGUACUUUACCUCCUUAUUUUGAAGGUGCACUAGAGCAAACAGGCCUAUGUUUUUAAGGGUGACCCAAACUUAUCCAACCCUCUGCUUGCUAUCCUCAGAGCGGAAAAAGAACCAAAACCAAACCAACAAAAAACCAACAAACAAACAGAAAACUUCUUGUGUAACAAGAGAUGCGUCUUUGCAUAAAGGUUAAGAUGACUGUUCAUCUUUAAGUGUAUUAUGGAAAAAAAAAAAAGGAAACCCUACAUGGUUCUGUUGUAAGCAUUUUUGUAAAUAUGUGGCUGAAAUAAAACAUUGUUAUCUUAAUGUUUCAAAGCCAAAUGUAAGUUGAUUGUAUUUGCCUUCUGUUUCGGAGUAUGCAAAAGGUCA